UGACACACAAGUACUUAUAACCACAACUACAGGGGAUGUUUUCAGGUGCUCCAGAGCAAUUUUUACAACGAUGCCUCAACAAACAGCCUCGGUGCAGUUCAAUCCUAGUUUGCCUCUUGAAAAACUGGAACUGUUCAAGAGAAUGCCAGCUGGUUGUAUUGUGAAGUUCAUUAUUACUUAUCAAAAUACUUUUUGGCGGGAUGCAGGUUUCUCUGGGGAGAUCGUAACAUGUGGCAGAACUAAAACAGGAGAAGAUGGCCCCCUGGGGGUGGUGUUUGAUGCAACCUCGCCAAAUGGGAAUCCUGCUUUGGUUGGCUUUGUGGCAGCCAAACAGGCAGUUAAAUGGAGCUGUGAUGAAGCAUCAAAGAGGAAGGCAGCAGUGUUGUCUGCCAUUGCAGAGUUCUUAGGUCCCCAAGCUGAGGAAUGCCUAGACUAUGUAGAACAGAAUUGGGGAGAGGAGCCUUACACUUUGGGUGGACCUGUAUCCCCAGCUACUACAGGAUGCAUGGCCUAUUUUACUGCAGGCCUAAGGCAACCAUUUAAUAGAAUCCACUUUGGGGGGACAGAGUCGGCCACAGUGUGGUGUGGUUUCAUGAAUGGAGCUGUGCAAGCAGGAACUAGAACUGCCAUUGAGGUUCUCUACCACCUCCGACCACAAGCAGUAGCCACAGAAGAACUUAAACAAAGUGCCUAUUGUCCGGCCUCCACCUGGCCACAGAAGAAGAGGAAAGUGAAGAGACAUAAGAUAUUGAAAUGGACCCUUGGGUUUGGGGUCCUCACUUGUUUAGCAUUAGUGGCAAGAAGAGCUUACAUAAAAUACAUUGAUUGAGAAUUUGAGUUACAUGUACUUAAGAAAAUUGUGUAGAAAGUAAAUGACCACAUGAAAAUGUUUACUAGUACAGAUUUGUAGCUUACAUUUGCAUGCGUUAGUGUAGUUUCUGACAGAUUUUUAAAGUUAUUUCUCUGAUCAGUUGGUUGAAAGCUUUUAUAACUUUCAAAGGAAUUCUUCUUGAACUCAUUGUUGUAAUGAAUACUUUCGGUUCCAUGGUGAAAAUGUUUUUUAAGAAUUUAUGUCUUUCUCUCAUAAAAAAGUAUAUCAGGCACUCAAACCACCAGCACAUGAAAUAAUCAAAUAAAUACCUUCCUUCCUGUGGGGAUAAUUGGUAAAAUUUAAGGAACAGAAAGCUAGUGUGUGUGAUAAAAAAAAUUGGUUAAAGGGUAUCUUGCGGUAUGGCGCCAAGUUCCUGUCAUGCCAGUAUGUGUAUAUUCUGAGAAAUGGCAGUAAGUACUGUGGUGAGUCCCCUUUACCAUGCCUUAUUAGGAAAGGCAAACAUAGGUUGUUAAUUACAGACCAGACGGCUUGUACCAUAGACUUUCUCAAUAAAAAAACUAAGUUUAUUCAGAGAAAAGGAGGCAAAGUGUUAUAUGCUCUCCUUGAUGACUUUAUGACAUGCAUUCCAUAUACCGGUACUUGAAGAGGUUGAAAAAAGAAGUAAAGACCUGAUUGUGUCAGUGAUGGAAAAUUUGAAUGAUGACAUGUCACAAUAUUGCAUACAUGUACAAAUAUUUGUGCGUUGUCCCUAUAUUUAAAAUUAAUCAAAUAUUCAAAUAUUAGCUACUACCGGUUUAUGUAGUAGUUUUAACAAGGCUAUCAGGUUAUAAUUUAUGGAAGACGGUCUCCAUUAGAUUUUGUAUUAAAUUUGAGACAGUAUUGAUGUCUUUUUAAUUGAAUCUACACUGUACUGCAUCAAAUGGUACAAUGUAACAGACUGCUUCUUAUAUUAAGAUUAGAAUUUUAGGUUUGCGUCUUUACAUCCAAGUACUAUAGUGUUUCGAUUGCAUACUCACUAAUGUUGUUAAAAGUAAUAAGUAUUGCCUAAUACAAGCAUCUUUAUAAUGCCACUAUUUUGGAAGAAUACAGAGCAGAUUGGCUUAUACAAUAUGACAGAGGUUACAUACACAUUCACACAAACGUGAAAAAUUACUUUCAGGAAACUCAGAAGAGUCAGAUUGAUUUAGAGAUGGAGAUUUAGGAGUAUAUAAAUUAUUUUUGUAGCAUUUAUUUUUCCAUGUGAUGCAGAUCAUCAGUAUUCUUAAUAAAUACAUAGUAUGUGUACACUUUU